UGACGUCAUAUCCGCGCCCCGGAAGCUCAAGCUCGUCGCUGGUCAAACCUGAAAGCUUCUUGUGUAUGUUGCUGAAGUCUGGAAGGGUCAACUUUCUUUUUCCAUCCAACCCAAAAUAUACUCGGUGACAUUUGUUUACACAUAGGUAAACGUAGUCGAAGAACGUAUUUUUUCCGAAAUGGACUCCUCUGAGCACGGCCCUGCAAUGUCAUCUACAGGUGUAGCCAGUGGCUGGAAUCCACCGCCAGGCCUGACAGAAGAGGAGGCAGAAGAGAUGCAGGUGGAGCUCAUCAAGGUGGAGGAUGAGAUUGAGACACUGAGACAGGUUCUCGUGGCGAAGGAGAGGCAUGCUGCUGAGCUCAAGCGUAGGCUUGGCAUCGGUCCCCUCUCUGAAAUCAAACAGAACCUCACCAAAGGCUGGCAUGAAGUUCAGUGCUCCAAUGCAUACCUUACAGCUUCUUCCACACUUGAAGAAAUUGGGCGUUCUGAUGCCUAUAAGAGGACUCAGGAGACUCUGUCUCAGGCAGGACAGAUGACAUCGGCUGCAUUCUCCUCAAUGGGCUCCGCCAUCAGAAACCAAUUUGGAGAGAUGAGGGCUCUGCAGUACUCUAACUCUGGUAGCAACUUUUCCAUGCGUCACUCUUUAAGUAUGCCAGCUAUGAGGAACUCACCAAGCUUUAAAACCUUUGAGGACAAGGUGGAGAAUAUGAAGUACAAAGUAAUGGGGCAAACAAAUGAAGAGAGCGACCGUUCACCAACCAGCAACAACGCACCCUGAGCAGGAAGCACAACCUCGUGACCAAGAACUGACCUCUGUGAUUUCUCUAUAACGCUGUACCCAAAUCCACUCCAGUCUCUCCACUGCUAUGUUAACUUCAGAUGAAUGUACAAAACAGAAAAUAAUGCUUUAAGAAACUCAGAUGCCAACAUGCAAAGAUAUUAUUAUUACUUUAACCGCUGAAGACUGUCACCCUUGCAAAUGCAUUGUAGCCAAACAAAACUUCUUAAAUUAGAAUGUUAAAAAGUGGAUAACCCUUUUUGGGACUGUUAGGUGUACUUCUGUGCAUCAAAGUACAUUUACAUGUAUUGUAAUAUUUUAUUUUUUCAAACAACAGGGUUUCUCUCACACUUCAGUAGUAAUUGGUCUGUUAGGAUCUGCAUGAAGAGGUGAAAUGUUUGCAUAACAUACUUAAGAAUGUCCUAAAAUAUGUCAGGCUUCCUCGGCCUGCUUUAUGUCCACGGUAUAUUAUUGUUACAUGCCUCCUGCAGUUAAUAUUGCACUAGUUAUUACCCUGCUUGAUACUCAGGGCAAAAGGUGCUAAAGCUUUCCUUGUGACAUGACUUGAGCCCCAGAUGUGUAUCAUCUCUAAAGAUGUGUACUAAAUUAUUCACAUGUAUUUUAUUGUCUUGUAUGUUUUGAGUUUCCCCCAGUUUUCCAGGUAAUAAUAAAACCUAUACUACUGUUUCUUCUCAUUACCUUUAAAAGUUUAGAAUUAGUUUAAUUAGUAUUCUUAUUCUUCUGGCACAUAAUUAAUAUCUUUGUAGUUUUUCUUUCUCUCAGUAAAUAAGAAAAACUUAUGUCUUGAUAUUUCCCCUUGGUUACCUAUGUUACAUUGCAGUGUCUGGCAUUGAUUGAGCACCCAACAUUGUGUUUACGAAAGAUUUAAUUAGUAAUUAGAUGCAAGACUAAUAUUUCUGAGUAAGAUUAAAUGUAAUGAUUGUAAUAGUUAAUCAAAAAUUGUGGUGGAAAAAAAGGAAAAUUUCACUGUAAGGUGAUGGAAAAUAGGGGGUUUUUUUUCGGUCAGUUUAUUAUUUUUCUUUUUGAUUCAUUGUGUUUGUGGGGAGUACUGUCCAUGCAGUGAUCUGGAAGAGAAUGUUACCAUACUGACCUAACUACUGUAUACAUGUUUGAUGUUUUGAGGCUGUAAUGUACUACACCGAUCAGGGUUCAUUAAAGGCAAGGAAAUUAACGAGAA